CGAAACGCGACUGUUGUGUGACCACCUGUACAUAGAUCCCAUCUCAAAAGUACAUCACGACCUUCUUGGGCCUGUCGCCAUGAAAAAUCAACCACAGUCGAAGAUCAUCAAAGAGAUUAUCAAAGACAAUUCUAUUGGGAAAGCCCUUAAUGACCUCCAUACGUGUUUUAUGUCGCUCUGUGAAGACAGGAGCCUCUCUUGCACAUCAGAUGCACUAGAUCAGCUAGGACAAGAGGAUCUGCGGAAUCUCGCGCUACCUUUUCUUUCCUCCAUUAAAUGCCUUCCAGUCUCAGGCCUACUCCUUUCGGAGACAGGCCCUGGCUCCCUCCGAAGCGAUCUCCUCAAGCUCAUUUCUGCAGUUGCCUCUAGCGAAUUCGACUUCGGACGUAUCAAACCUCUCUUAAAUGUAGCUCUUAGCCACAAGCCGGAAAAUACUCUUAUCUGGGAUCAAGUCUACAACGCCAUCACCGAAUCCACCCCGCCUUCUCGACCGAUACCUUCACACUUCCAAUACACUCCGUGGCUUCACCACACGAGCGGCUCCGAGAACUCCUCCGAAAACCGGCAAGACAUGGACAGUGCCCUUAAGCUGGAGCUUAAUACUUUCUAUGUUGGGCUUCGUCAUUUCCGCCAAACAAUUCUUUGGAUUGUGGCAAGUGUUGAGACAGCGUUCGAGGCUGUGUUCAAAAAGUACAUGGAAGGCAGUAAUCCUCUUCAAAUGAAUAUAUGCGAUACUUUGUUGGAUCUGGACCUCAGCCCGGUUGACUGCUACUACCGGCUUCGACGUGAUGACAACGAUGGGAAGAGAGUUAUCUAUGUUCACAUAACUGAUAUCAGUAUCUUACCAGAGGACUCGAGAACGUCGAAUGAUGAGCUUAUUCGUGCGUUGUCGAAACUCAGCGGAUGGUACGAUAAGUGGGAUACGUUGACGGUUUCAAGGCUCGGUGAUGGAGUUCGUUGUCUCCCAAAUCGUUUCAAGGCUCAUGCAUUACCUCCGGAGAAAGUUGUGGAAGGCUACCCAUUCUUCGAUAUUUUGAAUCUUCGUGUUGUAUCUCAAAAGAAAUCUCGAGUUACAUACGUUGACAACGGAUCGGAGUUAUGCUAUUUGAAGGUCGCGAGGUUCAAUUUCGAACUCCGCCGGAUGCUGACGGAACUAGAGGCUAUUUACACUCUGGCAGAAAGAAAAUCACAGCUAGGACCUGAAUUGGUGGGAUAUGCCUUUGAAGGAUCACGACACCGAGUUAUUGGAUUCCUUACAAAGGCAAUCUCUGGUAGGCCGGCUCGUAUUUCAGACAUGGAGGAUUGUAAGAGAGCACUCCGAGAGCUACAUGCCUCAGGUCUUCUUCACGGCGACUUGGUCAAGGAUAAUAUAUUGAUCACAAGCAAAGGGCCGAAAUUUAUUGAUUUCGAGCACUCAUCUCCACAACCAGGUAACGACCUCGAACGCUGGAAUGCCAUGAAAGAUCAAGAACUUUACGGCCUAGAAGCGGCUCUCCUGGAUUCUUCAGGCAAGGGUCGGCCUUGGGACUAGCAACCUCGAAGACCUGAUAAUGGCGUCAACCCGUCAAUGAAUGCAACUUGUCCGCGACUUUGAAAGCUUGUAAAAUAC